AUGUCUCUCGGAAAGAAGGUCACUCUCAACACCGGUGCUCAGAUUCCCCAGCUGGGAUUCGGCACCUGGCAGUCUGCCCCCGGUCAGGUCGGGGAGGCCGUCUACGAAGCCCUCAAGGCUGGUUACCGCCACCUGGAUCUCGCUACCAUCUACCAGAACCAGAAGGAGGUUGCCGCUGGUAUCAAGCGUGCCUACCAGGAUGUCCCCGGCCUGAAGCGUGAGGACCUCUUCAUUACCUCCAAGCUCUGGAACAGCCAGCACCGCCCCGAGGUCGUCGAGGCCUCCCUCGAUGAAUGCCUGGCGGAACUCGAGUUGGACUACCUUGACCUCUACCUGGUCCACUGGCCCGUCGCUUUCCAGAAGGGCGCCUCUUACUUCCCCCUGGUUGAGGGCAGCACCGUCGAGGGCGGUGACGUGCUCAUCGAUGACGGUGUCUCCAUUGUCGACACCUGGAAGGCCAUGACCCAGCUCCCCAAGAGCAAGGCUCGCGCCGUCGGUGUCUCCAACCACACCAUCCCUCACCUCGAGGCUAUCAUCAAUGGCACCGGCGUCGUCCCCGCCGCCAACCAGAUUGAGCGUCACCCCGUUCUGCAGAGCAACGACCUGAUCGAGUAUUGCCAGAAGAAGGGCAUCCACGUCACUGCCUACUCCGCCUUCGGUAACAACAUGCUCAACAUCCCCCUCCUGAUCACCCGCCCCGAGGUCAAGGAGGUCGCCGAGGCCGUCUCCAAGCGCACCGGCACCGAGGUCACCGGCGCCCACGUCAUCCUCGCCUGGUCCCAGGUCGGCGGCCACAGUGUCAUCCCCAAGUCGGUGACCCCGUCGCGUAUCCGCGACAACUUCAAGGAGGUUGAGCUGACCGCCGACGAGGUGGCCAAGAUCAGCGCUCUGGGUGCCAACCGCCGCCGCUACAACACUCCCUACACCGCAAACAAGCCUCGCUGGAACAUCGACAUCUUCGGUGAGCCCGAGGAGAAGGCUGCGGACCACAAGGUCAUCCUUUAA